AUGUUGAAAAAAAUUUCUCAACUGACUAGCGUGGUGGUGCCGUCUCAAGUAUGGCUGAAACGUCAGCCAGUGUACAACCUGUAUCGUGUAGUUGGUUGUUACGGUAGUCGGUGUAACGAUUUGUCGCGAGUUAUUACGUAUCUUCCUAAAUGUCCCGUGUUUUACUUGUACAAAACCUCGAGAGGAAGGCUUAAACAAAUUAGUGAAACUGCUGUCAGCACAUGCAGUGGAACAGACGGAGAAGAAAUGGCACCAACGCGUGUUAUUCUUAUGUCGUGUGGCAGUUAUAACCCUCCGACCAAUAUGCACCUAAGAAUGUUUGAGAUCGCCCGUGAUCAUCUUCACAGGAUGGGAACACAUAUUGUGGUUGGCGGUGUCAUAUCUCCUGUGCAUGAUGCAUAUGCCAAGAAAGAGCUUGCAAGCGCGUCACACAGAUGUGCUAUGUUGAAACUAGCUUUACAUAACAGCGAUUGGAUUCGACUGAGCAGUUGGGAGACUAGGCAAAAUGGUUGGACAAAAACUAGAAUUAGUUUGCAACAUCACCAAAAUUUAUUGAACUCUGUGUUGCUCGACUCGAACAAUAUUAAGCACAUACCAAUUGAAGAUCUGGAGUGGAUACCAGAGAAUGUGAAGAAUAGUUCUGAUCAUACGCCUAUCCAAAUCAAGUUGUUGUGCGGUGCUGACUUGUUAGAAAGUUUUGGAACCUAUGAUCUGUGGGCAGAAGAAGAUAUUGAUGCUAUUGUCGGCGAACACGGUCUCGUAGUUAUUACCAGAGAAGGCUCAAAUCCAAAUAAAUUUAUAUAUGACUCAGAUAUUCUUUCCAGGCAUAUGCACAAUAUAUACAUAGUAACCGAAUGGAUUCCAAAUGAAGUUAGCUCAACUAGGAUAAGAAGGGCGCUAAAACGAGGCGAAAGCGUUAGAUAUCUCCUGCAGGAUGCUGUAAUCGAUUAUGUCUAUAAACACGGGAUAUACGAUGCGAAGACGACGGCGUCGACAAUUAAGUUGGAACUGACCUCGCCGAACGCGAAUAAUUACUUGACCAUUGACUCCAAGUAUCAAAGCACUUUUCUCACGCCGUCGCCUAGCGACGUAACCAUGGACUCCCCGAGUCCGAUCGAAAUAAUAUCCAUCGACGUGCCCGACACAGUUCUCCGUAAGAAUAUCCAGAACGCCACGAACAUAGCCGCACGGCACGGCGGUCUCGAGGAGGCUCGCGAAAAAUUUAUAAACGCCCUAGUGGCCGAGAACGGCAACGCCAAACACUUGCCCACCUCGAAGGCCGCGUAUCCAGGUCUCGCGAAACAGAUCAUCGCCACCGAAACCGGCGAGUCGCAGAUCCUCGACGAGGUAGGUUUCGUUGACGAUGAGAGAACGGUCAGGACGGCAGCGGAGGUCCAGUCGCGACCUAGCCAGGUAGAACAGGAGUCCUCGAGCGUCGUCGUCUCGGCCGAACAGGAAGAUUCAACGACGGAGGAUACGAACGCCUGCGUAGAGGCGAGGGACAACGAGUCCAACGACGGCAGAGUUCCAACGACGCUCGAGGACGACGUAGGAUUAAGUAGAGGCAAAGACGGCGAUGGUAGAUCCUCGGUGUCGCCGUCGAGUCUCUCCGUGACGUCCGCUGUGGACAACAGCGGUCGUCACGAGUGCGCUCUGUCGGACUUCAGCGUGGAUAAAGAGGAUUACAGGCUGACCCGUUACGGCUUAGAUGACGCCAUGGAGGACGAGGCGCAGGAACAGAGCGAGGAGACGCGAUUAGGCAAGGAGCAGUCCAGCUCGAACGACACGAACGAGAGCAACGUCGUAGAGCAGGACUGUUUCGCCAGCGAUAGCGUGCGGUGCUCCAACACCCAGGUGUUGGUCCUGGUUAGCGCCAUGAUACACAACCCUUUCGAGAAAGACGCCGCGACGUUGAUCUUAGAGGAGAACGGGGUUCAGGGUAAGGGCGAGUUCACGAUAUACAAGGGCGAGUCGGAUAGGAGCAUCGACAAGCUCAGUCUGCUGGUACAGCCGUCUGUGCCCGUGCCUAACGAGAGUUCGGUUAAGAUUCAAGAAAUAGUCGACGAAGAACCGGAAGGUACGAAGGUGGGUCCAGACGAACCUUCGGCUGUGGAUAACGCCUCGAAGAGGGACGUUAAUCUGGAGAUAGACGGUAAGUAUCUGAAGUCCGUGGUGAACUCACGCAAGAGUCCCAGGAAGACCAAGAAUGGGCAGAUGAGAGUGCACGAGAACGAGGAGAAACGAGGUAAAAACGGGGACAAAGCGAAGAAGUGUACCGAUUCGUGUACACAGUCGGAGGACACGUUCUACAAGUCUCUGUCGAAAUCCUCGUCGAGAACGAAGAGUGCGAAGGAGGGGAAGUCCUCGAGAUCGAGUACCCAGAAGACAGCAAACAGUUCGAAGAUCUACGAGUCCUCGCAUCGAUACUACGCGCCUCUUAAAGGAAGCUUAGACUCUGUGAUCGCCACCGGCGACCCCAGGACAUCGUCCAGGCGAAGGUCGAACACCGACGAGGCGUUCUCGCAGAAGUCGAAGAGCUACGAGUCGAUAAAGAUCAUCCAGGAGGCCUGCUACGAGGAGCCGUCCAAGGCGGACAGCACCUCCCAGUUGAUCACGGCAAACGACCUGGACAUGCAGACGGAGGAGUACUGCUCCGUCUGCUGCUACGGGAACGAGAUGUCCCUGAGGACCGAGGAAGCCUUAGGGAGUCCAAGUCAAGAGAAUUUCUAUACUUUGCGCUCGAACUGCAGCUCCCUGGGAGACGAGGACUCCACGGAGUGCGACAUCUGUAGCUCCUGGAACCUCCAGGAGUCCACCGACGCGCUGGACAGGAGGAUCGCCUCGACGAACGAUUGCGAUCAGCUGUGCGAGGUUUGCGAGAUCUGCGGCGAGACGAUAUUCUCCACGCAGGGACCCGUGCACGGGAGAACGCUAGAGUCGUCCUCGAGGAGUCUUCCCAAAGAGGUUUCCAGGAUCGUCGACAGCACUACGACCUACCCGUCGCUGGACGACGACAGCUUCGAGAUCGAGAACUGUGGCCUCCAGAGCGGGCCAAACUCUGCGGACGAUAGGCCAUCGCGCGAAGGUGAGAAACAGUUAUCCAUGUCUUUCAAUUUAUUCGACCCGUCAGUGGUCAAGAGGAAGCCGCAGGAGCAGUACUUCAUCCCCAAGGACGAGAUAGCGAUCCUAUCCAGCGGGACCAGGCGGAUCAGUCGCAAGGCGUCCUUGCUGAGGAAGAAGCCAGAAGAUUCAACGAUCGUCUCCGAAAAUAAACGGCGCUACUCGUCGGUGGACAAUCUUCAGUUGGCCAAGACGUCUUCCAGGAGCAACGAUAAGAUCCUCAGGCCUAGGAACAGCAAGCUGAUCGGUUCUGCGGAUAAUAUACGCGCCCCGAAGAGCUCCAGGCGGUGCAAGUCGUUGCAGAGGUCUGCAGACAACGUGCGCUACAUGGACUCGUCUACGGACAACCUGGACUCAUUGAUAGAGAGCCUGGACAGAGAGGACGAAGGGGACACUGUCGAAUGGAUGGAGAGACCUAACAUCAGAGACAACGAAACGGUGAAGAUGAUCCUGACCAAGCACGGCAUCAAGAUCAUCAGCGAGAAGGAGACCGCUCUGUAAUCCAGAUGGCUCUAACGCAGACGAACAAUCAACGAAUUGAGGAACGCGAUUUGUCAGAGGAUACUGCUCACAUUAGUUGGAAACAGAGAACACGCGAAUUAGCUCGAGCUCUCGUUAGGUCACCCGAAAACUUUUAGCAGACUUGUCGACUCACCCUGCGACGGUGACUGCCGCCUUCGAGAGUAUACCGAGAUUUUUCACUGUACGAUAGCCUAGUCUGACGAAUACGUGUCUCUGUAUAGCUCACUCGAGGGACAGGUUCUCUCCGAGCGAGAGGAGCGCUGAAGUGUUACGAUUAUAUCCAGCUCAUAGAUUCUAUUUAAUUAAAUCGAUAUUAAGCGAGUAAGGGGAGCAUUUCAUAUUGUAAACGCGAUCGUGUUUCUAGAACUCUUUUUAACAAAUUAUGGAGGCACAAGUUUAGCAUGAAUUAGGUCAUCGAUCGAAUGAGGUGGAUCAGAAAAAUAAAAAGUAUUUCAUUUUUCCAACUCAUUUCAUUGAAACAAUUCAUACAUAUUGAAAACAUGUGAUUUCAGAAUUGUUCACGAGAGUUCCUUAAUUGCGUUUAUAAUAUAAAAUGAACCCCACAGCCAUUACUCCCUCAAUUUAGAUUUAUCGUUAAGGACAAGGAUGGUUUAUAAUGGUUCAUUAUUCAUUCGGAUAAUGAUCUAUACAGGGUGUUAACGAAACCGCAGACCGUAUUUCAGAAUCGAUUAUUCGCGUGAAAAGAAACCAAAAAGUCCUUGACCAUUUUACAAUCCUAUGCUUUAUUACCUAGAUACGAGCAAUCAAAGUUUACUCCCGUGACUCAUGGCGCGCCAUUUUAUAUCCCCUGUCAGCUGAUCGCUGCGCACGCGCUCGCGUCCAGAACUUCAGCUGCUUGUAUCUCGAUAACGAAACCACUGAUUGUAGAAUGGAAAAGGACUUUUCGAUUCGUAUCGUCGCGUGGAAUCGAUCUGAAAUUAAGUUCCCGCGUUUUUGAUAACGUCCUUUAUACCGAUUUCUAUUUAAAUAAAGUAAUUCGCGCGACGAGAUUUUUGGGAAACGACGGAGCUGUGAACGAACGAAAUCUCGAAGCGUAUUAUUAAGUCGCACGUUGAUCGUCGUAAAUAGGAAAAGUUCUAACGAGUAUAAUAUGCAUACGAGAACACAGGCCUUCGUAAACCUUUUAGAGAACGCAGUAAAAAAAAAAAAGAGAGAAAAAGAAAAAAAAAAGAAAACCGACGUUAUAUCGCGUUAACGAAUUAAUCUAAGAGCCGCCACUGUCGAACAUGAUCGAUCGAUUCGAAGGAAUCGUGAGAGAAUGUUUCGUUGAUACGUGCGUUGGGAAGAAAUUUUCGAGGCGUUUGGAUGGACAACUGGCCACUCGAUGUCAUUGACCUUCUCUUGCAUAAUGUGUUUCACUGGGAGCCUAAAGAAGCAAUGAAGUUCACUUAGCCUUUAGUUUGAGUACUACUUGAUCCACGAACGUAUAUACAAUCAAGAAAUAAUUCCCUUCUCGAAGGUUAUAAUGAAAUUUAUGGAAUAGAGGGUUAACAGAGCGAUUGAGGUGAACAAAGAGAGCCACGAAUGUUCUUGGCAACGCACGAACACAGAAGGCGGUAAAUUAUCGAGACAAUCCUAAAUAACGUGUCAAUACUAAGGAAAAUCGUUUCAACUAAAUAUAAAUUAUUCUAUAAAUUAUAUAAGCGAUACGAUGGGCUGCGGUACAUCGAUCGGGGAAGCGUUUCAGGGAUAUCCGCUCAUCUGAGUUUUUCUUCCACACUACGUAACGCGAGAUCGGUGUGUACAAGGUGUCCAUAAAUGUGCAAAUAUUUUGGAACAAUCGCCAAACGGUAAGGAAUAGGGAAAAAAAUGAUUGAAACUCGCCUACUAUGACUCGCAGUCAUUUAUUGCGUUUCAUUUAAAAACACAGGCAGGCCGUAAAAUAACAAUAAAUUUUGUUACGCUCGUAUUUCAUAUCGUUCGGUAAUUACGUCAAAGGUCACAUAUCCAUGGCCACCCUGUACAUCGAUCACCCGAACGUUACGACUCGUAACGAGUAUGCGUGUCGCGCCUAAGUCUACCAUGUAAUUCUUCGUUGAAAACGUGCCAAUUGUUUUUUAUAACCUUUUAAAUCGUGUUUUCUACCAUUUCGUCGACACUUUUUUCUAAGCGAUCGAGGGAUGGAGGGAGGGGAGCCGGGUCGUUUAACCUCGUGACUAUUACGCACCGAAGUGUCUCGAGCUUGUAGACUUCGAUUAGAGGACUAACAAGGAGGGGACACGGAAGUGGAAUCGUCGAUCAGAAUUCUUUCUUGGUGAAUCUGGGAUGAAUUUCAAAUACCGAUGCACUACGCGGUGUCCGUAAACUUCGAUUCUUAGAUUCCGUGUCUUAGAUUCGCCAAAUAAAAUAAAAUAAAAUAAAAAAGAAAACAAAAAUUAUCCGACACUUCAGUGCUGCGACCUCUCCUUGUAAGUAUGGCAGUUAUGAUCAGUCUCUCUACCUUUGUAUCUUGUAUCCUGUUGCACGGUGUCAUGCGCCUCUGUCAUGAAUCUCGCUUGAGAAAUCCCUCCAGCAAUUACUGUUCUUACAGUGAAAACCUCCACUGCAUCUGACUGUGAUGAAAUCGCUCGCUGUCUCGAGCAACGGAAACCAUUUUGAAAUCUCUCGGAAGAAGCGUUCGUUUCUUUUUCUUCUUUUUUUUUUUUUUUUUGUUUCCUCUUGAUAUCUUCCGUGUUUCCAUUAUCAAUGCUCGGAUCGGCUCGACGACACGUUUCGGGUGCAAUGGAAACGGAGUCAUUGUUUGGAAUUAUGGCUGAGCUUCUUAGGCGUACCUCUGUUAUAGUGGCUAAUUUUUAUACUCUUCCGCCAGCAGUGAGACUUUUGACGUUGCCACUGUCGAGGGAGCAUCGUGUUUCUUGGGAAUGAUUUUGCGAGAUACGAUCGUGUUUUGUUUGAGAAGGACGUCUUCUUUCCUAUCCGCCCCCUGACCUCUUUUUGUUAGUCUUGGUACGCGAGUAGGGUUGCCAACCGCGUCGAGUAUACGAGAAGUGGUAAAAAUCAGGAUGGUUUAGAGGAGAUUAAAAAUUGAAGCAUUUUCUUCGAAGUCGAAAAAAGGAUUGCCGGCUCUGAAGGAGCACGGUUGGCAGCCCUGUACGCGAGUCUUAUUUGCUCACCCCUAAAGAAACUGUUCGCUCUUCUUGUUACUGUGUCGCGACGUAGAUAGACGAAGGCGGUGUUAAAAAUGCUCAAGCUGACGGUGUUGGACAUUUAACCCUUUGGGGACGCAUUUUUAUUCGACCCUUUAGGCGCCACUGUCUGGUUCAUAGAAUAUUUUGAAAACUGUAUUUUUGAUAGAUUUCAUUUUUAGUAGAUUCCACGUAUGAAUGCUCAAUUAUUUGAUGAAUUAUUUCUAAGUUCUCUAGUCUAUUAACUAUGGAGUCUAGCCUUUUAACAAUAGAAAGUAAUAUUAUCUCCACUUGAAGUUCUGGCGCCUAAUAGGUUAAAAAAGAUAUCGUACUAAUCAGAAUUCUAUCGAUGUUAUUGAUGAAAGAGAUCAUGGCUCCAUAAUUAUUUCAGCGCGUGGCGAGCAGGUGAACCGGUGGCACCACUGGACCACUUGCUCGCCACUCAUCGAAACAAUUACGGCGCCCAGUCCUGACGUAGAUGUUCCAAAUUCGAUUGCUAUAUCUCCGUAGAGAACGUUAUUUAUUUUUGUCAAAAAAUUGUAGUCUACAUAGGGUACGAGAAAGUUGCCGUUGACAAAACGAAUAUGGCUACCUGGAUGUGUUCCGGCCCUCGACCGCAAAGGGUUAAUUUACAAAGUGCUUCCUGAGUGCGAAUAAACCGGCCUUAGGCCGCCCUUGUAUCUUUUUUAAAACCAACUUCCGCUUCUUUUUUCUACUCCCGUAUCUUCGUUAUUUUGUUGUCUGUACUUGAAAUUAUUUCGUGGGACAUAUGAAAUGUGUUUUUGGCCAUCGCGACUUCUAUCACGCAAUCGGUACGUUCGAGAGGAUUCACAGGUUCCGAAAAUUGUGGAAAGAGAUAACGUAAAGGAAAAGUUGCGAAAGAAAAUCGUAUUACUUAACCGAUGGGAAAACAGCGUCGAUAUUCGAUAUAAUAUCGUUAAAGAUCAUUUUCGAGAUCGCUUUCCAAAAGAACGCGUGUUUUUCAUUUUCGUUUGCUAUCUUUGCCGCUUUUAAGAUUAAUAUUUAUCCCAAUUAUUCUGGUGUAAAGUACAGGCUAAAGUGCACAGCUGUGACUAAUUCGAUAACUCUGGAAAUGUUAGCUUCGUCAUAGAUGCAUGUACGCAUUAUUCAUGUAUUAUAAUAUAUUAUUCAAAUUUCACGACCUGCGUCUUCAUAAGUUCAAGGCCACUACGUUAUCUCAUUAUUCCCGCGAUGAAAGUUGCAAAUAAUCUAACCUAUGACAACUCGUAAUACAUUCAACGAUCAUGAAUAAUGCAGUCUUCGGGUUACCAGUAUCUGAUUUAUGACGUUAAAUGUUAACGUCUGAAUUUUUAUUGCAUUAGAUAGACACGUUUUUAAUUAAUAUUUAAUUAAUAAUGGAUUUAUCGCGCGCAUUCGCCCUGUAUAUCGUGAUCCAAAUUUAAUAGAAACGUAAUCUCAUCGGGACCGGGUAGCGUCGAAGGGCUAAAGAAUAAUUAUUAAGGGCUAUAGAAUAAUAAUAAUUUAACCAGUCAGUCUCUUUCUCAAUUUUGACGGUUGUUAAGAAAGAUAAAGAAACCAGAAUGAUAACGAAGCGGAGACCCCCUACCCCCGAUGGCGUGAUAGAAGUCGAUGUGUGGUUCGGUUCUGAUGGAGCAUGUGAUAUGUGUU